AUGGGUACCGAUAUUGAUGGGAUCGAACGUGGCCUCCAAUUCACAUACGACUACGCGAACCUCCCUGAAGCUGAUGAGACAAGAGUAGGGAGCGGCGGAGUCUCUUUCAGUGGCGGCCAAAAGCAGAGAGUGAUUCACACCGAUUCUACCGACCCCUCGGUCUGGGGCGUCAUUGAAGAUGAGACUUUUGCAAACGGAAAGGAUGAGGCUUCCAACGCCGCUUCAGUAGUGGAUUUUAGCGUCCAGAACAACGCAAAGAAGGCUUCUUCGACCACUCAGCUCGAGACUGAUGAAGCCGGUCGACAGUACCUCAGGUCUAGCUACGAUUUUGGACCCAGCAUGGUACAAAUGCCCAAUAUGAGAUGUACGCCGGAGUCUAUGCUGUUCUCUUCAUCUCCGGUAUUCAGCACUCUUUACUUCUUCUUGCAAACGGACAGCGGGACGAUACUGAACAGGUUUCGUCAGGGCAUGACGCAAGUUGACCAGGUACUGCCAGUGGCUACAUUCCAAACAUGCUUCGCGGCCCUGGGUGUCCUGGCCCAGCUCGGCCUUGUCGCGUCAGGCUCUUGGUAUGUGGCUAUUGCGUUGUCCUUUGUCUUUGCUGCUCUCUGUGUUCUGCAGAGAUGUUACUUGAGUACCUCGCACCAAGUUCGGCAUCUUGACCUCGAAUGCAAGGCGCCCUUAUACACGGCCUUCACGGAGACACUGGCUGGUCUCGCUACCGUGCGUGCAUUUAUGUGGCAGAACGCCCUCAUGUCGAGGCAUCUCAAGCUCCUGGACACAAGUCAAAAAGCGUAUUACCUAAUGCUCUGCCUUCAGAGGUGGCUAAACGUGGUACUGGACUUGUUCGCGGCCGGAUUGGCGAUACUCUUGGUGGCCGUUGCGCUCGAUUUGCCCGGAAGCACGAGCAAGGGGGUAAUGGGCCUGCCCGACCAUGCUAGACUGAGGUCGUUCAUGGUUCGAACACCCCAGGAGACUCGACGCGAAGAAGCCUACCCGGGGAAAUGGUCUUUUUUUGUGGCCGCACUGAAAGGCAGACUAUUCGCCGAUGCUUCACUAUACCUGUCCCAGGAUCCUGUUACGCUUUCCGGAACCGUGCGGCAGAACCUCGAUCUGGAGUGCAGGCUCGCGCACGACAGCCCAGACCUCGAGACCAUGCUGGCUAAGGUGGAUGUUUGGAGUGUCGUUUCGGCGCGUGGUGGCCUCGACGCAGACUACUAUAGCUCGUUGGGCUUCUCGGCCGGGCAAAAGCAGCUCUCCUGCUUAGCCAGGGCCGCGCUUCACAAAUCUAGGGUGAUGCUCCUAGAUGAAGCGAUCAGUGGUGUCGAUCAGACAACCGACGAAAAAUGCGAGGUUUCAUCAGAGAACAAUUUAAAGACGCUACUGUCAUUGGAGUUUCGCACCGGUUGGACUCGGUUAUGGGCUGUGACAUCGUCGUGGUGA